GCCCUAGUUUCUUUCCCAGACUCGCAGUUCGAGGCGCCGAUUAAAGAUUUCUCCAUGGCUUUUCUCACCGGUGAGGCUCCUUCGGCGGCAGCGUUCCACUAGAUUGGCGAUCUCUGCUGUCUUCUGGUUUUGUUCCGGCUCUCUUCCGAUAAAGUUUCGGGUUCGUUUUCUGGCGUAUUUUCGUUUUCUUACCGGCAUGGUCCGGCGUUUUCCGAUACUCUUCCGGUCUUGUAUGUGUCUUCCUUCUGUUUCCGGGGAGAUGGCUGGUUCCUCUUGGGUGGUAUCCCAAAAGCCUUCACAUCUUCUUCCGUCGACCCUCCUCACCUCACCGAACCCUCCAAAACCCCCAGAUCCACCGGAUCCGCCGCCAAGACGUAGAUGCUUAGAGGCUCUCGUCACCACUUCGUCGUCUCACUCGCCUCACCCCAUUCUCGAAGCAGCUCUCGCCAAAUUCUCCUUGGAUAAGGGCCAUAUAUGUACUCUUUUCAGCGAGCAUCCUCGGCGUCCAAUGUCUCCCCUCCCUUUCAACUUGAUGUCAGAAGGUUAUCUCUCGGAUCACUUCUAUGGUGACUUCGAUUUUCCUUGUUUUAAGGACGGUGUUAGGCUUGUUUUAACUUUCUUUGUGGCUAAGGAUAGUGGUAAAUUUGAGGUCCUUUGUGAUAAAAUCUCCCAACCAUUCCAAAUGGGGUUGUUCAUGGAGGACCUACUUAAGGCAUCGAUCCAACUUGGAUCAUCUUUUCGACCCGUUGUCUCUUUUGCUCUAGUAGCGAAGGAACUUGCUUUGAAAGCGGCGAUCAACGCGGCCUUAGCGGUGGGUGUCUCAGGGAUGGCUUGUUAUUCGGAUUGGCAAGAACUCCCCCUUCUUCUCAAUGUCGGUGGCCAUGCAUUUGCAGUUGACGAUUUCAUUGCUGAUAUCAAACGUAAGCGAAAGCCGGAUGAUGAUUUGGAGACCCAAACGAUUCUGAAGAAACAUAAGGAAACAUCCGAGGAGAAGGAGACAACGAAAGAUGUUGCUGAGCAGAUCGAGUUGUUGGAGACAAAGCCUAAUUUAAUCUCAGUGAAGGUAUAAUUUUUGAUAAAUUUAUAUUGUGUCU